CUAAUUAAUUAACUCAACAAAUAACUUCGUGUUCGCAUUAAAUCUUUUUAAGACUCAUCAUCAUAUGCUGUUGACUUGCUGAAUUGCAGAAAAAAGAGAAGAAUUAACACAUAAACAGCUGUUUUAGCUUAUUCAUUUAGUAGCUACAAUACUAUAAGAUAUUUACGUAAAUUUUGCCGAUGCGUUACAGUUUAUUUUCACUCUACAUAUAAAAAAAAACUUUCCAAAUGCGUAAAAAUGUCGCGUAAUAUGCAACGUUUAACCGAUAGCUUACGUUUACAAUAUAUAAAUUGGUGCAGGACUAGAUUCCAGAUAACGGGACCAUGUAAGCAACAGUGCAGAUAUACCGCCACUGACCCUGUUAAAGGAAAAGGCCCCAUAUCAUGGAAGAGUUUUGCGGCCAUUAGUGGUCUCGGGGCUAUAGGUUUGGGUUUUAUGUUAUAUGUUAAAAGUGAGAAAGAAGAAGCUAUAAUGAAAGAACGUAAGCGUCAAUUGGGUAAAGCUGCGAUAGGAGGUCGAUGGGAACUGAUUGAUUCCAAAGGAGCUCUCAGAAAAUCUGAAGACUUCUUCGGCAAAUGGCUGUUAAUAUAUUUCGGAUUUACUCAUUGUCCGGAUAUAUGUCCAGAUGAAUUAGAGAAAAUGUCGGCCGUUGUGCAGGAAAUUGACAAGACUCCUGGAAAUCCGGAAAUACAACCGAUAUUCAUUACAGUUGAUCCGGAACGCGACAGCAAGGAAGUGGUGGAGAAAUACGUUAAAGAAUUUUCACCGAAACUUUUAGGUCUAACAGGUAGUGUUGAGCAAAUAGGCAAAGUUUGCAAAGCCUUCCGAGUGUACUUCAGCGCUGGCCCACGUGAUAAAGACAACGAUUAUAUUGUCGACCAUACAAUAAUUAUGUAUUUGGUUAAUCCAGAGGGAGAAUUUGUUGAUUACUAUGGGCAGACACGUGACAAAGAUCAGUGUGUUUCUUCUAUAUUGAUGAAUAUGGCCAAGUGGGAUGCUCUAAAUAAAAAAUCAUGGUUUAGUCAAAAAUGAAAAAUGAUAAUCUUUGGCUUCGCUUAAGAACUCGGCUAAAAGCAUUUAACUUAUUAUUGAUAUCGUUUGGCACAAAGUUUAAUUUGUACAAUCAAAUAAAGAAAAAUUGAAUUAACUA